AUGACUGUGACCCCUGAUUCUAAAUGCUCUUGGAUUUUGAGGAAGAUUCUGAACCAAAGAACAGUGGUAGAGGCUAGCAGAACUGUAGCAGUGAUGUUGCAUAAGGAAUGUUUCAGUCUGAGGCAAUGCUACAAAAGCCUAAUGAAGCAGUCCCCUAAAGUAGAAUGGAGGAGAUUAAUGUAUGAGAACAAAGCUAGGCCAAGGGCUAUUAUCAUAUUGUGGUUAUCUUGCCUGGACAUAUUAACCACAAAAGCUAGGUUAGUUAAACAUGGUAUGUUGAGUAGUGCAAAAUGUGAGUUAUGUGAUAAAGAUGAAACAAUGUAG